GUGAAGCUGACACAGAGAGGAGAGGCGAAGAGUGUCAACGUAACAAACAUGGACGCUGAGACCACCACCCACACCGAGACCAUGGUGGAUGAAGAGGAGCCUCUUUUCAGUAACCUGGACCUCUUCCUCUUCUCCCUAAUUGUUGGCCUCGUCAUCUAUUGGUUCAUGUCCCGCAAGAAGCCCGAGCCCAUCCCCGAAUUCAAGAAGCUCGAUACGCCAGCACCCACAACAAGAGAGACAAGUUUCAUCGAGAAAAUGAAGAAAACGGGCAAGAGCAUCAUUGUUUUCUACGGCUCCCAGACGGGCACGGGGGAGGAAUUUGCCAACAGGCUGUCCAAAGACGCUCAGCGCUACGGCAUGAAAGGAAUGUCUGCAGAUCCAGAGGAAUAUGACAUGGGUGAACUGGCCCGUCUGUCAGAGAUCGAUAACUCCCUCGCCAUAUUUUGCAUGGCCACCUAUGGUGAAGGAGACCCCACAGAUAACGCCCAGGACUUCUAUGACUGGCUGCAGGAAAAUGAUGACGAAGACCUCUCUGGACUCAACUACACGGUAUUUGCUUUGGGAAACAAGACAUAUGAACACUACAAUGCAAUGGGAAAAUACGUCGACAAGAGACUGGAAGAACUUGGGGCCAAGCGCAUCUAUGACCUCGGUUUGGGAGACGAUGAUGGCAAUCUGGAAGAGGACUUUGUUUCAUGGAGAGAGCAGUUCUGGCCGGCUGUGUGCGAGCACUUUGGAGUGGAAGCCUUGGGAGAUGACUCAAGCAUACGGCAGUAUGAGCUGAAGGAGCACACAGACAUCAACAUGAACAAAGUGUACACAGGCGAGAUUGGCCGUCUGAAGAGCUUUGAGGUCCAAAAGCCGCCCUUUGAUUCGAAAAACCCCUUCCUGGCUCCAGUCACUGUCAACCGCAAACUCAAUAAAGCUGGUGAUAGGCAUCUUAUGCAUCUCGAACUAGACAUAUCAGGCUCCAAGAUCAGGUAUGAGUCAGGAGACCAUGUCGCUGUUUUCCCAACAAAUGACUCUACGUUGGUGAACAAGUUGGGGCAGAUCCUUGGAGUGGACCUUGAUGUUGUUAUCUCUCUCAACAACCUUGAUGAGGAGUCCAACAAGAAACACCCUUUCCCCUGCCCCACCACCUACCGCACAGCCCUGACUCACUACCUGGACAUCACACAUCCUCCCCGCACCAAUGUCCUCUACGAGCUGGCACAGUACGCGUCUGACCCCAAGGACCAGGAGAAUAUGCGCAAGAUGGCCUCCUCUUCCCCCGAGGGCAAGGCACUGUACCAGAAUUGGGUGUUGGAUGUCAGUAGAAACAUCCUCGCUAUUCUGGAGGAUAUGCCUUCCUUGAGGCCACCCAUUGACCACCUAUGUGAGCUGCUGCCUCGUCUCCAGGCUCGCUAUUACUCUAUCGCCUCCUCCUCUAAGGUUCACACUAACAGCAUCCACAUCUGUGCCGUGGUGGUGGAGUAUCAGACCAAGACUGGCCGCAUCAACAGGGGAGUGGCCACCAACUGGCUAAAGAACAAAGUGGUCACUGACAACGGCCACAAGUCCACUGUUCCUAUGUACAUCCGCAAGUCUCAGUUCCGCCUGCCCUUCAAAGCCACAAUCCCAGUGAUCAUGGUUGGCCCUGGGACAGGAAUCGCUCCCUUCAUGGGCUUCAUCCAGGAGAGGGGCUGGCUCAAACAGCAAGGAAAGGAGGUUGGAGAGACGGUGAUGUUUUUCGGCUGCAGACAUAAGACUGAGGAUUAUAUCUACCAGGAGGAGCUGGAGGAGGCGGAGAAGAAUGAAGUUCUAACAAAGCUUUUCGUUGCCUUCUCAAGAGAUCAGGAGCAAAAGGUGUACGUGCAACACAUCCUGAAGGAAAAUAAGGAGUACCUCUGGAAGCUGAUUCACUCAGAAAACGCUCAUAUCUACAUCUGCGGGGAUGCGAAAAACAUGGCGAAGGAUGUGCAGACGACCUUCCAUGAGAUUGCAGAAGAACUGGGAGGCAUGACGCGCACCCAGGCCACAGAUUACAUCAAGAAACUGAUGACCAAGGGACGCUACUCACAAGAUGUCUGGAGUUAAAGAGCCUCGAACCCAGAUUCACUUGCUCUACUCAAGCGGUUGUUUUUAAUUAUUUUUUUUAGUUUUACUGUAUGUCUUCUUUUAUCAGGACUGAAUAUAAAAAACAUUAAAACACUUCAUACUCACCCUGGUUCAUGAAGAAGAUCAUGAGGCGGACCCUACCUCAGCAGGUUUUGUUUAUAAACCCUUUUAGCAACUUCAAUCUGUAUUUCCUACUCAUGUAUACUACAUCAUGUAUCAGGACCACCAGCCUGUAUAUGCCCAGUCAUCUUCACCUGAGCCGUGGUCCAAGUCCAAAAGUACACUUACCCAGUCUGGAUCAAAGGGCCUGCAAAGAGUCUAUGGUGUAAAUGAAUGAAUCUGUGUUUUUACUGCAAAUCUGGUUGCUCUGGUAUUAUAUUUUGCCAAUUAGAUGAAGAAACCCGCUGGCUCAAAAUUCCUUAAUGAAUCAUGUAGGUUUACGAUCAGUAAGAAGCACAAGAGUUGUCAUCUCAGAUUCAGUUUUGAUCAGACACAUUUUUACUUAAUCAACAUUUGUGCUGAGUCAAACCAUUCUGUCAUCUGAUCAGAUUUUCUUUCAUCAAAACUGAUGAAACUCCAAACUGAUGAUCCAUCAGUUUUGUGAUGAUUGAUCCCAACCUGUGGUUGUACAUAUUAUAAUUCACUGUGAACACGAAGCUGAACAAUAAAAGCUCAUUCAAUUUGCCAUCCCAAGACAUUUGUAGCUUUAAACCCUUUGGUUUAACUGAUUGUAGACUUAACCCCAGAGCAGAUAAGACUGCAUUAUAUUGUAUGUCUCAGUGAAUACACUGAGCAUUGUGCUUCCCUGUUGCUCCCCCAGUUUUCAGUAUAACACUCAGAGAAGCUUUAGGCAUGAAAGGGUGCUUCCAUUAAACAAGUUUCUCUGUCGAUCCAGUAGUACCUUUCAAUGUACUUCAUAUACAUGAGUUGUUUCAGAAAUGUAUGAAACUUGUGAGGAAACUGGUGUAGCAAACUGGCAUCAUAGGUACAUUAUAUGUUUACCUUUGUAUUUUGACAAGGGAUUUGCCUUUUAUGCAUGAGUUGCUGUUCGUUUUAAAUCGGUAACAGUAACCUUUUGAGAGGUGUGGUGCAAAGGGGGAAAAUCAUUUAUUGAAAAAACGCAAGAUUAUUUGUAUUUCAUUUCCGAGCAGCCUGCUUUUAAACAUAAUCAAAAUGAAUCUAGAGGUACCCUGUUAUUUUUGUGAAAUGUUUGAACAUUAAACUUGCAUCCAGAUCUGGCCUUCCAAAUGGCAUUUUUGAAUUUUAUUUUAUAUGCAUUUGACAGCAGAGGAAUAUUAAAUGAGUUUGUCAUGUGACAUUAACACUCAAGAUGUAUGACAGCAAUCGCUGUUUGGCAAUUUUAUAUGUGUAUAUAUAUAUUUUUAAAUUGUCCAGUCACAUAUGCAUCACUACAUGUAGAAGAUGACCAGACAUAUCCAAACAUUGUUGUGUGUCUCUUAACUCUGUCAGUGCUCAUCUCAGUGCUUUUUGUUUUGUUAAUAUGAGGAGCUUGAAGAGUGCAGCCUGUGCCUUUUUAACACUGCCUUAUGUGUUAGGGUAACACUUGAUACUUUUCUUGUCUUUUAACAGUUUUUUUUUUCUUUCCCUGCUGAAAGUUUCAUAGAAAGUCUAACUAAUCUGAGACACUUUAUCCAGCGUUGUCACUUUUUCUCAUUCCAGUUUAUGAUGUGAUUAUUUGAUUGUAUCACGGCAUGCAUUUUUUUUCAAUGAAUAAAUUUGGAAUAAUUUCUCAA